CUCUGCGUCAUUACACAGUGACUGCAGCUACAUCAUGGCGGAGCAUUUCCACCUGAACACACCACUGCUGGAGAGCGUCAGCAUGUCCAGACGGGCAGGAACCCCUGUCUAUUUAAAGAUGGAGAAUUCACAGCCCUCUGGCUCCUUCAAGAUCCGAGGCAUCGGACACCUCUGUCAGCAGCUCGGCACAAAGUCCAAAGGAGUUGUCUGUUCUUCAGGUGGUAACGCAGGUAUGGCCGCUGCAUACGUAGCAAGAAAAAUGGGUGUACCAGCCACGAUCGUGGUUCCCUCCUCAUCCCCUCCGACGGUCAUUCAGAAACUAAAGGACCAGGGGGCCGCAGUCCAGAUCGUAGGGAAGGUUUGGGAUGACGCCAACGCAGAAGCUCUCAGACUGACAGAAACUGAAGGACUCACUUAUGUUCCUCCGUUCGAUCACCCCCUGCUGUGGCAGGGCCACGCCAGUCUGAUCUCAGAGGUCGCGGCCUCACUGGGCCCCAGUGGGAAGCCUGGAGCCGUGGUGUUGUCUGUGGGCGGAGGAGGGCUCCUGUGUGGAGUCGUCCAGGGCCUGAAGGACGUAGGCUGGACGGAGGUACCGAUCGUUGCCAUGGAGACAGUGGGCGCAGACUGUUUUAACGCCGCUGUUAAGGCAGGGAGGAGGGUCACUUUGGAUGACAUCACCAGCGAGGCCAAAUGUCUCGGAGCAAAGACGGUGUGCGAGCAGGCCUACGAGUACAGUCAGUGCAGCGAGCUGAAGAUCAUCUCGGAGCUGGUGACAGACCAGCAGGCCCUGCACGCCGUGGAAACCUUCCUGGAUGAGGAGCGUGUGCUGGUGGAGAUGGCGUGUGGAGCAGCACUAGCAGCAGUCUACAGUGAACUUCUACACAGAUUACAGGAUGAAGGUCGCCUUCCGACCCCCCUGGGCCCCCUGCUGGUGAUCGUGUGUGGUGGCAGCAGCGUGGACAUGGAGCAGCUGACCAACCUCAGAAACAAACUACGGACCUAAGCUGCUGUUAUGACCACAUGAUGGUGCCACACGAGCAGUAUGGAGGCAUGUUAUGUUUAUUCUCUGUUGUUUUUAUUACGUCCGAAGAAGAGGUGGCCAUGGUUGAAGCACUGUGUAUCCCUGAGACUCCAGAAGUGUCAUGUGGACUCAAACACUUCAAGCAACCCUCCAUUAGCAUAGUGAGAAGAUAAUAAGUCGAUUUUAUAUUUUUUCUGUGAACUAUCCCGUUAAUGGGGGCAACAAUUGUUUUACAAGAUAUUUUGAUGGAUGUAUCUUAAUCAUUAAUUCAUUCUACGUCAAUGCAGCGCUGACAUUCUCAGACUAACUGCUCUUCUAUUUAAUGCUAAUUGAUAUUUGUGCAUUUGAUUAUUUCUGAGAUCUUUUCUCUAGGCAGUAAUUCAAACUGAUGUAGUACUUUUUAAAUGAAACAGCAGAUUUGUAGUAUCAGAUUGUCAUAUUUUUACUUGCACGUAUAAUGUUAACUCCUGGUCAAGUUGUGAUAUGUGUGGGAGCCUCUUUAUUACUAUGGCAACAGCUCAGCUCCUCACUGUUCAGCCUGCAUCAGGGGAGAGUUGUUACAUUUUAUUAUAAAUGGAUAAUCAGUGUAGUGACCUGUAGCCAAUCGAAAGAAGCAACCACGGUUGCUGAUUGAUUGUUUAGAUGCAUUCAAAGUGUACAACAAUGGCAAUUUGUUACUUACAAUCAAAAGGGCUUCAAAAACAAACACAUUUUAACCUUCAUUUCACAGCCAUUACAGCACAGUCACAAACUGAUGGCUUCUUACCAGCAACACCAGUAUCAAGUUACCUCCAAGAUUAUAUUAACCCCUUUUCAGCAUUAACAGCAGCACUACUCCACCAAGUGGUGGGAGGUUCCACAAAACAGCUACAAAAAUGGCUCUUACAAUCAGUAAUGGACACAAUUGACUAUCAGUCGACACACAACAACCCAUAAUGACAAAGUGGCUUUAACCCCUUGUAGACUGAUGUCGCGAAUUCGUCUCAAACCCCAUUCCGGUCUUAAUGCCGCCGAGGUGAUUGUGCCUGAGGGUGCAAAUACUACACAUACACAGGAAGGUCUUGGAAGUACUCUGCCGCCAUCUAGUGGUCGAAGUGGAAGAUACAUACUAGCCCCUUGGGACUGUGCAGCAAAGUUAUUUUGAGGUAUUAAGCUGUAUUUUAAAUGCUAUGAUGAUGGACAAGCAAUGAUUGUACAGAAACAUAUGUUGUUAUUCAAUUUCAAUCAAAAGCAGCAUCAAUAUACAUACAAGAGACUGGAAAAUUUGUAAAACUAAGGUUAUGCCCCAUUAUGCCUUAUAUGUCGCUAAUUUGCCUCAUACCUUAAUUUAUAUCAACUGUAAAUGCUAUAUUGAAAUUAACAAUCUCCACUUAAUUUAGCAUCUGUAUGACAGCCAAAAACACAAAUAAUAUUUUUGUUCUAUAAUUGGAAAUUAAUUCAAGCAGUAACGGGUUUUAAAAUGAUUGCAAAUUGAUUAAAAUCUAAAAUGUAUUAGGUCAGGGACAAUCAGAGACUUGUCAUUGUGUUAAUCCUGGAAGUUGAACCAUCGUCACAUUCCCGGGUCCCGUGCAGGUUUUCAUGAAGAACAGUUGGACUGGUGGAGGAGAAAAGAGGCAGAAACCAAUUGGUGAAACAAAUCAAAUGUUUGAGCUUGAGUUCUGGAACCAUGCACGCCCGAGUCCAUGGAGCAGCAGAAUUAUCUAUAAGAACUUGAUACUCCCUUUUAAUGAAGGGAUCAGUGGCCUUAGUCUCGGGGACGGGAUGGUCUGGCCUCCAUUCUUUCUUCUGGAGUUAAAUUUGUUAAACCAUGACCUUGAUGAGAAUCUUUACACAUCGCAGUCUUACUUAGUGACAUUUUUUCUUUUUUUGUUGUUUGUGUAGAUAACAAAUGUGUCUUUGUUUGUAUUUUUGUAUUUCUUAAAAAAAAAGAAAUAUUUUAAUUUAAAGAACAGGCUAAUAACCUUUACUCAAAGCAUGUUAACAUGGAACUAUUCAGUGAACUCUUCCCCUGUUCAGCAGAAUCAACCACAACGAAACUGUGAGGAAUUCAACUGAAUCACCAUAGUAACGCACAAAGUCAGCAGGCAUGAUUCUCAUUUUCAUGCUUUGGCUGACUGUGAGAUUAAUCAGUCAGUUUAUGCACUCAGUGAUGAUGAGCAUAAUGUCAAAUAACUUAAAAAUUACAAUUAAAUAUUUGUUCAGC